AUGGGUUGGUUUAGUGACGAGUAUGUGCAGUCUCUGGAAGAGCGCAUUGUCAGGGUUGAGUCGCUCUUGAAGACUGCCGGUAUCUUGCAGGAAGGUGACAUGAGUCAUGAUGAAUUCUCUGACGAGGAUUCAGAUGAUGAACUUCCUAGUCAGAAUGUUUCGUCUGCUCCGAGCCCAAGUCCGAGUUCUCUGUGCCGGAAAGGCGCUGGUCUGGUUACUUCUAUCUUCCGAGCAGAUGAAAGAGAUGAUUCUCGAUAUUUUGGCAAAUCUUUCUCAUUGUCGAUUCUGUCUCGGGCAGGCAUUGAGUGGAUCAAAAGCAAAACAGGCGAUGUCAGUUUCUUGCGGAUAGUCUCGCCGGAAUCCGUCCACGAAAAUCCGUGGAAUCAAUGGCGACCCGAUGUCUUCCAGGAUCUGUUUGCCUCGCAGGUUUUCAAACCUCUACCUUCGAGAUCGGAGGUUUUCUCUCUUAUGAAGGAUUUCUUUCAGACGGCCAAUUGUCUGUUUCCUAUAUAUCUCGAGUCCAAGUUUAUGAAAAUGGUUGAAUGGCAAUAUACCCAGCAGACUUGUGAUGACGCUGCCCGUUGGGCUAGCAUUAACAUGGUUGUCUGUCUGGCUUAUGAGUAUCGGUUUUCGAAUAGCUCGAAGCCAGAAAAGGACAGAGAGAAGGCUCGAGGUUAUUUUAAGAAUGCCAUGUCAGUCUUCACGGAAUUGGCGCUAAAACGCACUGAUUUGCUCAGCGUCCAAGCUUUGCUAAGCAUGGCGUUCUUCCUUCGUGGGAAUUGCGGUACACAGUCAGCUCUGCCGCUCAUCACUGCCGCUAUGCGAUCUGGUCAAAGAAUGGGAUUACAUCGUGAUAUCGCCAGACCAGAUCUCAGUCCAGCUGAACAGGAAGAAAGACGGCGUGUCUUUUGGGUUACCUUUGUGGUCGAUCAAAGUACCUGCUUAAGAAUUGGAAACGCUCCAUCCCAACAUCCAGAUGAUUUUGAUGUCCCUCUUCCAGAAGAGUUGGAAAGCGAUAAAGAAAGCGCAAGCAAUAUCCUUUUUUUCCGCCAGCUCUGUCGGAUGUCAAUCAUCAAGGGCCGCAUCUACAGUCGACUAUACUCCGCCAAAGCCUUACUCAGACCUCCUCUUGAGAUCUACAAAACGGUCAAAGAGCUACACAAGGAGCUUGAAAACUGGAGAGGCGACUAUCCGUUCACCAGUGAGCCGAAGCUGAAACCCGGUGCACCCGACUUCCUUUUAGGAUUUGCCUCCGUUGGUCUCCACUUCGUCUACUACAAUGCUUUGAUCAUGAUCCACCGAAUACCGCUCUUGCUUCAUUACUCAAUAACAUCUAAGGAGACAUCCAAGGAGUCAAAGGAGCUCGAAGCUCUCAGCAUACGACGUGCUUCUAAAUCUGCUUCCAUUGGUGCACAAGCUGCUCGUGAUACAUUAAAGCUCAUUAAUAAUAUGCCUUGGGGAGACAUUGCGUGGACUUGGUCCCUACUAUACUACAUCUUCCUGGGUGCAGCAACAAUAUUCUCAAGUAUCCUCCGGGAUCUCCGCCACCCAAAAGUCCGCGCAGACCUCCAGUCUCUCACCAUGGCCUCAACAUUUUUCGCAACUCUCGUCCCAGGCGACGGAGCAUCCAAUUACGCAGGCUUCAUGGCCCGCAUGAGCGCCACCCUCGAACGCGUCGCCAGAAUAGCAGUCGAGAAAGACGAAAAAAGAGACAAGGAGGAGCCUCAUUCGUUGACAACUAAGAAACGCACAAACUCGUCAUCUCAUCAUAAACGCCGACGACCUACUACUCUCCGAACAACAAUGACCCAGGAUACCACCCACCCGAACUUCCCAACCGCAUCCGACCCACAUGGAAUGAACAAUGAUAUGGACAUGAGCAUCGGUAUCCCAGAUGCACUAGAAGGCCUACCGCCGAUCAACUCCUCCGGCUACGUCGUCCCACUGAGUCCAGAUACAAGCACCCAACCCCAACCUCAAUUCCAAACAAACCAAACCCAAAAUCCCUACACAACCGAAUACCUAGACCGAACAUUCCUCCACGAAGCAGGAGACAGCACAUACACAAACCCCCCAAUCCCAAUCCCAAUCCCAUCCUGGCAACUCUCCCAAGAUUUCUCCGCCACCCAAAUUCAGACAGGUCCAGGUCCAGCCCUAACAAAUCUAGAAACCCAAUCCCCCUCCUCCUUCGCCAGUAGCACACCAACAGGAACAACAGGCUCCGGAUCUGCAAUCCCAGAAUUCUUCCAGGUGCCCAUGACAGGCGACUGGGAUUACAGCGGCAACCUCUUCGCCGGUCUCUUCCCCACUGAAUAUGGGUUCCCCGUUGGUGGGCAAGUUGGUGGGCAAGUGGCUGGUGCGGAUCCCUCUAUGCCCAUUUUAUCGGCGGAGACUUAUGUGCAUGGUGCUCCUGCUGUUGAUGGGGGGUUUGAUGCUCAGGGUCUUGGGUAUGGAUUUGUUCCUGAGGGACAGGGGCGGGGAUCUCGAUCUGGAUCGGCGCAGGCUGAGGAUUCGGUUUGGCCGAAUGGGUUUUUGGGGUUGUUUUAG